AUGUCGAGCGUCGACCAGACCGUCGCCAAUGUGCAGCACAAGAUCGACAGGGAAAAGGCCCUGAUCAACGCCGCCAAUGCCAUGCGCCAGUCGACCAACAACCCCGCCGUGCUCUCGCGCCUCGACUCGCAGAUCAAAGAUGGCCGGCGGAACAUCGACUACUUCGAGUCGAAGCUGCGGGACCUGUCGGUGCAGCGGACCACGUCGGGCGUCGAGAGCAUGAGCUUGCAGCCAGGUGCGUCGGGCUCGCGCAACACCAACAACCCGCUGACCCCGCCCCCCAAAGAGGGCUGGAACAGCUACACCUCUCCAGAUGCUGCGCGACAGAGCGGACCCCAGGGCCAGUACGGCAAUGUCGCCGGCGACGGCCUGAUGCCCCCGCGUGCGCCAUACACGGCAGCGCCCGGGACCCCGAACAAGCGCCCCAACUACAGCAAGCUUGGUGCGUAUACGCAUCAUCUCAUCAAAUACGAUACAGAGCACCUGGGACCCCGCAUCCAGCUCAUGCUCUCGCAGCUCGAGUUCAAGCUCAGCGUCGAGAAGCAGUACAAGGACGGAAUCGAGAAGAUGGUGCGCCUGUACCAGAUGGAGGGCGACCGCAAGAGCAAGGCCGACGCCGAAUCAAAGCGCAUCGAGAGCAGCCAAAAGGUCCAGCUGUUGAAGCAAUCGCUGAAGCGCUAUGAGGAUCUGCACGUCGACAUUGACGGAACCGAUGGCGGUGAUGACGACAGUCUAAACGUUCCAACUCAGAGGAAACCCUUGAGCGGUCACCUGACUUUGCGCAUCCACGCUGUUGCCGACGUCGACCACGCAGCGACCGGUAGAUUUAGUCGCGGUCCAGAAACAUUUGUCAACAUCAAAGUCGAGGACUUGAUCAAGGGACGUACCAAGCCAUCCAGGAACGAUCGCUGGACCGACGAAGUGCAUGAAUUUGACAUCGACAAAGCGAACGAAAUCGAAAUCACAGUUUACGACAAGACUGGUGACCAUCUGCUCCCCAUAGGUAUGCUUUGGGUGCGUAUUUCAGACGUCGCCGAAGAGAUGCGUCGAAAGAAAAUCGAAACUGAGCUUCAGAACUCUGGUUGGGUCGCUGCCGACAAGAUGUCUGGCCAUGCCGGCAUUCAGCCUGACCUCCAAUUCCAGCCGCCUCCUGGGCAGAACAACGCUGGUGCCCUGAAACCUGCUGGAGGCGCACAACCUCAGACAGGACCCGUCAUGAUAGACGACUGGUUUUCAUUGGAGCCAGUUGGACGCAUUCACCUCACCAUGUCUUUUGCCAAAUACACACCCAACAAGCAACCAUUUGACGUUGGACUCGGUCGAAAAGGUGCUGUCCGUCAGCGUAAAGAGGAAGUCAUUGAGCAGUAUGGUCACAAAUUCGUGCAACAGCAGUUCUACAACAUCAUGCGUUGCGCUCUUUGCGGCGAGUUUCUCAAGUACGCUGCCGGGAUGCAGUGUUCUGACUGCAAUUACACUUGCCAUAAGAAGUGCUAUACCAAGGUAGUCACCAAGUGUAUCACGCAGUCAAACGCCGAAACCGAUCCAGACGAAGCUAAGCUCAAUCAUCGAAUUCCCCAUCGAUUUGAAACUUUCAACAACAUGGGCGCCAAUUGGUGUUGCCAUUGCGGUUACGUUCUUCCAUUUGGUCGAAAACAAACCAAAAAGUGUACAGAAUGUGGUAGUACUUGCCAUGCUCACUGCGUUCACUUUGUGCCAGACUUUUGUGGUAUGUCCAUGGAAGUAGCAAAUCAGGCUCUGAUCGAGAUAAAGAGGACAAGAAAGGGGCAAUCGGUGACAGGUACAAGUAUGUCCCAACGCACGCUACGACCCGCGCAGCCAACAAAGCCAUUACCCAACCCUUCGCAACAACAGUACUCGUCUCCACCUGGACAGGAGUCACAAUACAAUACCCCGCCUAGUGCCCCGUCACAGCAGCACUCGUACUCAGCAUCCUCGUCUUCGAUAGAUGCAGCGCGAGCGUCGUUCUCGACAUCAAGCUCGACUACUACACCUACUUCGCCCACUUCACCGCGACCUGCUCCGGGCCCACGUCAAGCAUCUCACCCGGCACCUGUGGCUGCCGCUGCCGCCGCGAUGAACAAGGUUACUGCUCCUGGGUAUCAGCGUACACAAUCCGAAUAUCCGUCACCAAGCCAGAGGACAUCGGGGGGUUAUCCACAGGAUCAACGCAUACCACAACAGCAAGCAUCCCAACAUGCUAAGUACAAUCCUGAAGACUACGCUAAAAUUCCAAACUAUCCGCCAUCCCACCAACAGCCGGUACCAGCACCGUAUCAGCAGAAGCAAUCUGGUCCUCUGCCUCAACCACCGCCACAAUCGCAGUCUCAACAACCUCCGGCUCAGCACCAACCACAGUAUCAACCACAAGCGCCUGCUCAACAACCCGAGGUGAAGCCGCAACAGCCGAAACAACAGCAAACUCAACCCAUGUCUGCUAUGACAAAAGCCCCAGAGAACAAGGUCACUCCUUCAGCAACCACGCAAGGUACAGGGAGGAGAAUUGGGCUAGACCACUUCAACUUUUUGGCAGUGCUUGGCAAGGGCAAUUUCGGAAAGGUCAUGCUGGCGGAGACUAAGAGUUCAAAACAACUAUAUGCUAUCAAGGUUUUGAAGAAAGAAUUCAUCAUCGAGAACGACGAGGUUGAGAGCACGCGCUCGGAAAAGAGGGUCUUCCUGAUCGCAAACAAGGAGCGUCAUCCUUUCCUGCUGAGCUUACAUGCUUGUUUCCAGACCGAAACUCGAGUAUACUUUGUUAUGGAGUAUAUCAGCGGUGGCGAUCUGAUGUUGCAUAUUCAGAGGGGAACGUUUGGCACCAAACGUGCUCAGUUUUAUGCAGCUGAAGUGUGUCUUGCGCUCAAGUAUUUCCAUGAGAACGGUGUCAUCUAUCGAGAUUUGAAGUUGGAUAACAUUUUGCUCACGAUGGACGGGCAUAUCAAGAUUGCGGAUUAUGGUCUGUGCAAGGAAGAGAUGUGGUACGGAUCGACUACAAGCACAUUCUGCGGUACACCUGAGUUCAUGGCACCGGAGAUUCUUCUGGAUAAGAAAUACGGCCGAGCUGUCGACUGGUGGGCAUUCGGUGUUCUGAUCUACCAAAUGCUCCUCCAACAAUCGCCAUUCCGUGGUGAAGACGAAGACGAGAUUUAUGAUGCCAUCCUCGCCGACGAGCCACUAUACCCCAUCCACAUGCCCCGCGACUCGGUCUCGAUCCUCCAAAAACUGCUCACCCGCGAGCCCGAGCUACGGCUCGGCUCGGGCCCCACGGACGCGCAGGAAAUCAUGUCCCACGCUUUCUUCAGAAACACAAACUGGGACGACAUCUACAACAAGCGCGUCCCCGCCCCCUUCAUCCCGCAAAUCACCAGCCCGACAGAUACUAGCAACUUCGACACGGAGUUUACCAGUGUAACGCCGGUUCUUACGCCUGUGCAGUCCGUGCUGUCGCAAGCCAUGCAAGAAGAGUUCCGCGGCUUCUCCUACUCGGCCGAUUUCAACUAAGAACCCCCUCCCUUGUCUCUUUCUUUCGGAUACCCGGGGCUUUCUUGGGACCAUGUUUGCAUGUGCCCUGGGCGUCAAAAAGCUCUUGUCAGGGUGGUGGUGGUGGUGGUGGUGCAUGGAUGGAUGGAUAGGUGGAUGUGAUUCCUCGUUUUCCGGCGACGAAAUGUCGUUGUAAUGCAUGCAUGCUGUUCUGGUGGAUGGUUGAUUAGUGGUGAUGUCAUGGGGAGAGGUUGGGUUGAGUCGGGACGAGUUGGGUGUGUAUGUGUGUGUGUGCAUAAGAAAGAGUAGAUGAGUUGGUGGAUUGGUUGAUUGAGACGUGUGUGUGGGAUGAAUCUUCCAUGGAG